AUGACCUUUUUCGCUGUUGCACAAGGUGUAAAGUAUUUCAAAGAAGGCCGCAAUACCGAGGCCCUUCAGUGCUACAACUUUGCGAUCGAAGUUGAAAACUCUAACCCAGACGCCUACGUUGCUCGCGGCGCCCUGUACGCAUCGAUUGCCAGCUACCCGAAAGCCGUGGAGGAUUUGGAGAAGAGCUUGCAACUUCAGCCUAAUCAUGCAAAUGCAAAGAACUAUCUUGGACAGACUCUUCUUGCUUUCGCCUGCGAGUAA